GAAUCGCGUUAGGGUAUUUCAUCUGCCACAGAUGAUUAAUAAAAACAGAAUUUAAUUUGACGCAAAAGGAAAGUUGAGCGAGAAACAAGGAGCUGACAUGGAAGUCAUCCUGAUGAUCAUCUUCUUCACCGCCUUCUGGGUGGCGGUGGCCAAGUUCGGACCCAUCCUGGUGAAAAAGGGACCUCAGGAUGAUCUGGUGCGCUGCAUCUUCCUCCUGACCGCCGUCGUCUGCUGGCUUUUCUGGCUCUGCUGCUAUUUGGCGCAACUGAAUCCGCUUUUGGGACCAAAACUUAAUGGAAACACCAUCAGGAUCAUCGCCAAGUCCUGGGGAAAUCCCAUUAAGGAGGGAUAACGAAGAUCCCGCGAUGGGAUCUCUACAUAGUUAAUCUCUGGCGGAGCCAUCUUCUUCAGAAUUCCCAUCUGCAGCCACAUCACUCGGAAACAUUUUUGUACUUUAAUAGUGGCACCUAGAUAAGGUUGGACUAUCCCAUCCCCAGAUACGCCCAACUAUUUCCAAACUAACAUCAUUACCUUAUACUUAUUGAUAUUGUGAACUCCUACUUUGAACAUGAGCUUGUUUUGAUAUCUCAACAUCUCUGAUCAGCAUA